CGAACACAACACCAGAACCAGAAGAACCAGAAGAACCAGAACCAGCAGAACCAGCAGAACCAGCAGAACCAGCAGAACCAGCGGCAGCAGCAGCGGCCCCGGGGGCGUCUGAACGCUCCAGCCGGACAUGGGGCUCUAGCUCCGGGUUUGCAGACUCCACACACACCCGGGCCCCAGGCUCCAAGAUCUGUCCCCGGGCUCCAGGAUCUGUCCCCCGCAGAUACCUGUCCACCAGGUGCCCGGUGCCCGUCCCCCCUGUGCCCCCGUCCCCCUGUGCCCCGUCCCCCCUGUGCCCCGGUGCCCGGUGCCAUGGCCCCGGGCUCUGUGGUGGCGCUGUGCCGGAGCGUGGCGCUGUCCACGUGGCUCGUGUCGUUGUGUUUCGUGCAGCUCUUGUGUUUGGACUUCACGGUGGCGGAGCGGGAGGAGUGGUACACGGCCUUCGUCAACAUCACGUACACGGACCCGGUGACGUCAGACUGGCGCACGGAGAAGACGGAGUGCGGCCGUUACGGGGAACACUCCCCCAAACGGGACGCGCGGGGGGUGGUGGCGCUGCCGCAGACGGACCGUUUGGCCUGCGACCCGCACGCGCGCUUCUCCGUGCCCGCGCACGCGGGGCCGUGGGUCGCACUCAUCGCGCACGGAAACUGCACGUACAGCGACAAGAUCCGCCACGCGGCGGCGCUCAACGCGUCCGCGGUGGUCAUCUACAACGUGGGCUCCUCCAACAGCAACGACACCAUCACCAUGCCCCACCCAGGCACGGGGGAGGUGGUGGCCAUCAUGAUCCCGGAGCCUAAAGGUCGGGAGCUCGCCGUCCUCCUGGAGCGGAACGUGUCUGUUUCCAUGGUGAUCUCCAUCGGCACCAGGAACCUUCAGAAGUACGUGAGCCGCACGUCCGUGGUCUUCGUCUCCAUCUCCUUCAUCGUCCUCAUGAUCAUCUCGCUGGCCUGGCUCGUCUUCUACUACAUCCAACGCUUCCGCUACGCCAACGCCCGCGACCGCAACCAGCGCCGCCUGGGAGACGCGGCCAAAAAGGCCAUCUCCAAACUGCAGGUGCGGACGCUCCACAGAGGCGACCGGGAAACAGACCCCGACUUCGACAACUGCGCCGUGUGUCUGGAGGCCUACAAGCCCAACGACGUGGUGCGCCUGCUGCCCUGCAGACACUUGUUCCAUAAGACUUGUGUGGACCCGUGGCUCCUGGACCAUCGCACCUGCCCCAUGUGUAAAAUGAACAUCCUCAAAGCCCUGGGCAUCGCUUUGAACGCCGACUGUCUGGACGACCUUCCUCUGGACUAUGAGCUGGCGUUGGGCGGAGUGGGCGGAGUCCUGGGCGGCGUGGGCGGGGCUCUGGAGGCCAUGGUGUCGGGGGGGUCGAGCGACGGCACGGCGAGCGAGGGCGGGUCUUCUGUGGCGCUGGAUCCCGGCGUGCGGCGCCUGGAGCUGCCCCAGGACUACCACGAACCGGACUCGCUACGGGAGCCGCUACGGGAGCCGCUGCGGGAGCCGCUCGCCACCGACACGCCCUCAGAUCUGGAGCCGAUGGCGAGCAGUUCGUCGGUGGCGUCGCUCGUCAUCGCCGUGGAGACGGGCCUGUUGGACGAGGACGUCGCCGUGGAGACCAGCAAGCGCCUGGGAAAGUCCUGAACCCGGGACCAGGACCGGGACUGACCCAGAACUGAACCGGGACUAAAACAGAGCGGACCGGACGGUUCCACAGCCCGAACUGGACCCGGGUUGACUCCAGGUCUGACCUUUGACCCCAGCGCCGGUCUGGUCUUUGAAGCGUCUGAACGGAUGUAAGAUGGACGCCUUCGUUUGGACGUCGCUCCAGACUCUCUGCGGCGGCGUCUUCGUUUGGACGCUCGUCUCGGCGGCGGCGUCUUCGUUUGGACGCUCGUCUCGGCGGCGGCGUCUUCGUUUGGACGCCGCUCGUUUCAGACUCAGACGUUUGGAUGUUUUUAGAAAACGCAGAGUUUGAUUCUCGUGUGAAACACAAAAUGGCGUCCGGGUCACGUGUUCGGCUCCCAGGGUUCCCACGCUCAUGGAAAUCCUGGAAAAGUCCUGGAAUGUUUGUGUGUUUCCCUCCGCUCCAGUGUUUCUGUUUUGUUCUCAUGAGUCGGUUCUGUUUCUCUGUGAACGUGUUUAGUUGAAACAGACGACAGGAUUUAAAUGUUUAAAACUAUAAUCCCAAACAUAAAGUGAGAGGAAAGAUUUAAUGUUCCAGAUUUACUUUAAACUCUCAUCUGUUCUACACAUGUUGGUGCUGGAAAGUCCUGGAAAAUUCACUUUAGUCAUGGAAAAGUGAACAGAGCGCGGAACCAUGAGCUCCUUUAUCCAAGUUUUACUUCUUCAGACGCAGCUGCAGUUUGUCCCUCCUCUGUGUCCACGAGCCGCUGCCAUGAGGCUCCGAGAGGCUCCGAGAGGCUGCGAGCCGCUGUGAGCCGCUGUGAGCCGCUGUGAGCCGCUGUGAGCCGCUGGUUGGAGGGCGCACGCUGAACCCACUGCACCACAGAGACCAGGGUCGGGGCUUUUCGGGGGGGGCAUGUUUGAAUCAUCUAGUGAUCUCCUUAUGGGCAGCAGGAUGAGCCUGUACGAGGCUCCGCCCACAAGCCCACGUCUCAAAUCCAGUCCAGUUGAUUUCAACAGAACAACUGAGCCUUUGUUUUAUGUUUGUUUGUUUGUUUGUUACUUUACAAACAAAAAGUGUUAAAACACAAGAAAUAAACGACCAAACAAAUCCACCUGAACAGAGAGGAUCAAACAACUCACACAGUGUUAAAAACCACACUCCCACAGUCUGUACGAGGCUCCGCCCACACACUCCCACAGAGUCUGUACGAGGCUCCGCCCACACACUCCCACAGAGUCUGUACGAGGCUCCGCCCACACACUCCCACAGAGUCUGUACGAGGCUCCGCCCACACACUCCCACAGAGUCUGUACGAGGCUCCGCCCACACACUCCCACAGUCUGUACGAGGCUCCGCCCACACACUCCCACAGUCUGUACGAGGCUCCGCCCACACACUCCCACAGUCUGUACGAGGCUCCGCCCACACACUCCCACAGUCUGUACGAGGCUCCGCCCACACACUCCCACAGUACAGUUUCAUUAGUGCAAUGCUCUGAGGUGGGAGGGACUUAGCACAGAGAGCAGGAGUCCCGAUCG